AAGUUUUUCAGUCUCUUCACAAACUCCACCAGACCACCAUCAUGAAAUUCGUUGCUCUCGCUCUCGCGCUUUUGCUGGCCGUCGGCUCUCACGCCGCUUCCCUGCAGGCUGAUGCACCCAGCCAGCUGGCCCAUAUCCGGGCCGCUAUGGAUGUGUACCUGACUCAGGUGAAGGACAGCGCCAACAAAGCCCUGGACCACCUCGAUGACACCGAGUACAAAGAGCUCAAGAUGCGCCUGUCUGAGCGCAUCGAGGAUAUGCACGCCAAGCUCAGGACCCUGCAGGGCGCCGUCUCCCCCGUCACCGACAACGUCGUCGCCACCAUCGCCGACGCCACCUCCGACUUCCGCGCCUCCGUCAUUUCCGACAUCGACAACCUGAAGGCCAAGCUGGAGCCCAAGCGCGUGGCCCUGAAGGCGGUCAUCGACAGGCACAUCGAGCAGUACCGCGCCGCCCUGGAGCCCAUCAUCACCGAGUACUCCGCCAAGCACGCCGCCGACAUGGAGGUCCUGAGGGCCAAAUUGGACCCCAUCAUUGAGGAUCUGCGCCUGAAGGUGGCCAACAACGUGGAGGAGACCAAGACCGCCCUGAUGCCCAUCGUGGAGGCCGUCCGCGCCAAGCUGUCCGAGCGCCUGGAGCAGCUGAAGAUGAUGGUUAGCCCCUACGUCGAGGAAUACAAGGACCAGAUGAAGAUGGCCUACGACCAGGCCCAGGGCAUCAGCGCCGACGACCUCACCGCCCUCAGGGAGAAGAUUCAGCCUUUGGCCGAGGACGUCAAGAUGAAGCUCAACGCCAUCUUCGAGCUGGUCGCCGCUUCCAUUAACAAGCAGUAAAAUCCUUUUCCCGUUCGUCGCCACUAACCUCAGCUACCUGUAGCUAGAAACCGUUCCACCCUUUUUCUCCCUCUCUCCGUUCCUUCUCUUCCUCACAAUGCGCAGCCAGAACAACUCCCCCCCCCCCCCCCCCCCCCACAAAAAAAGAAGAAGAAAAAGAGAAGCCGGUGCCGGACUCGUUGCACUCGUUGGCAACCAGAUGGCAGGACUCUCGCUCUCUCUCUCUCGCACUCUAUCCGAUGCGAAUGCCGCGCUCUCUCUCUUUUUUUCGUUUUUUUUUGCCGCGUACACCCUCAAGCACAGGCAAGCAGCAGACACACGUGACACUCAGCACACACACACACACAUGCUUUACUCCUCGCAUGACAUGGCCAGCUGUCUUACGUUGUGUGUAGGAAUUGUACGUGAGUCACCAUGAAGUGCCCUGAAGCUCUGUGUAAUGUCGCUUGUCUGAUGAAACCUGUGCUCUGAAUACAGCUCAAUAAACAAAUAACUUGUUUAUAUAAAACUA